CCCCCCUCCUUUUUCUCAAUGGAGCUAAUCGCCUUCGGCUUCAAUGCCCACGGGCAACUCUCCCCGUCAACCAAUCCCCUAGAGAUUCCCGAAGACAUCCGUAUCCCGCAAAUAAUUGCUUCAGCAAGUGAUUCGUUAAGAGUACUUUUCACCGGAUGGAGUGAUACUUUACGUAUUACACCCCCCCCCCUGCCUUCCACCACUCUCGAUUCUACCCCCCUCACUCACAUUGCUACCCCUCCAACAAAGAACAAUAAUAUAAAAAGCAGUAGAAGUGGACGGCAACCUUCGCCUCCUUGGCGCCGCCUCCGCCAACACCCAACUGACCAUUCCAUCAACCCAUCUCUCUCCAAUAACCUCCGCCUUCGGCGACCACACAGGCCUGAAAGGCGUGACGACAAUAACACAAGCAAUCCACCUCCUCCAACACUAUGGCACAAAGCAAGUAUGCUUCGGCCAGCGGGUCGAAGGAAUAGACGACACAUCACACAUCGCUAUCGCCGGAAACGGCAUCGUCGCGGCCGUACAAGGCGACGAGGUACUGGUCUACCGCUCCUUCUCGGCCUUCCUACUGAAGAACGCGCGGCAGCGGUGGAAGAUCGCUGGGGGUGGUGUGGUGGGGCUGCACGCUAAUGAGGGUGGCUUCGUAGUCUUGACCAGAGAAUACGGUGGCAGGGUGAUUACCUGGGGCGACGCACGGCACGAGUACUUGGGCAGGGAGACAACGGCUGAAGCACCUGCGGGGGCUCCCGGGAUCGUGGAUGCGCUGGAUGGGAUUGCGAUCGCGCGGGUGGGUAGCGGAGGGUGGUGCUCCGCUGGGGUUAGUGUUGAGCGUGAUGUUUAUGUUUGGGGAGGGGCCGGCGGGGAUGUUUUGGCCGGUAGGGGGGAGGUGGAGCUUGUCCAGGAGCCCGAAGAGGUUGAUGGGGUUAGCGUUGGUGAUGGGCAUGUUGUUGCUUGGGCCGGCGGGAAGUUAUGGGGUAUCGGUCGGGGGGAGAACGGUCAGCUUGGCAAGGAGGGAGGAAGGUGGAGGGGGGAGUGGAGGGAGAUUGAGGGGGUGUGUAGACACGGGAAGGUUAUUAGGGAUGUGGUCUGUGGCGGGUGGAGCACUUUGGUGGUCUGUCAAAGGCAAGAGGUGUAG